CAGAGAGAAUACACAUACGAUUCUUCUGAGGAAAUGGUCAAAAUUCUCUACAAUAAACAAACCCCAGCUAUUGAAGAACUCUUCAGUACAGAAAACGUCCAGGAGCUCUCAGCUUUACAUAACCAAUACCAAAGAGUUAAAGGUCUGCUGUAUGAACCAUCUUCAGUUGAAUUCCAAUCCAUAAACAUGCUUGAGAUAAAUCCAGCCACCAAUAUUAUGAAAAUCUUAGAAAAAUUCCAAGCAGAGAAAGAAAGUUCAACUAACAAACACAAGUCGGAAGAUUCAAUUCUUAGUCGAAGGAAGAAAUUAAAGUAUCGCUCAUACGGCCUCGUUGAAGCUGACGACGUACAACCGAGCACAAGUAGCGAAAGCGCCACAUCCACCCGACAACCCAGUACAAGUAGCAGAAACUCUGCAUCAUACCGCAUUCUUCAGUCAGCUGCAACAGCAACAAACACCGAUUCCCCAACAACAUCAGAUGAGGAUGUUGGCUAAUGCUGUUGUCAGCAGUGUGGGUCACAUGUGCAUUGGUAGACAUGACAAUACAACAUUCAAGCUAAUGGUGGAACCUGUACAUGGUCACACAACCUGUUAGAAAUGUCAGCCAAAUCACCUUCAAUGUAAACUCUACCAUUUUCAAAAAGUACAUAUUAGAUGAUGUGGUUCUCGAUACACUGUCUGAAACAGCAAAAUACAUCAGGGAUGGUCACAUUCGGAAUGCCUUUUAUUAUAAGCUCUCUUGGAUCACAAGUGACUGAGUACUAAAACUAGAAAUAGUACUUACAUUCCACUCGCCUUGUGUUGGCGUACAACAAUAUGAGCCAGUUUGCAAAGGAUGUCCAAUUACUCGUCCUACUGAGUUUGGCAGCUGAAUGCUCCUGAAAGCAUCAUCAUUUAACACUUCAAAACAUCGCAGUACAACUCUCAAUCGAUGGUUUAGUCCGGGGGGACGAAUCAGUACAACUUUCAAUCGACGGUCUGGCCCUGGGGGGACGAAUUCUCGAUGCAUAAUACCAUAUUUCCAGGGGUAACGCUCGUGGUAGGUCUUCCAGAUCGCUCAUCAUCUUCCAAGGACAUUCUUCUGAAGUUUAGCACAAAAUUUCAUGUUGGCUCUUUAUUCCUGUCCAUGACAAAAAUCGCAGACCGCAGCAAUGUCACUCGGCACGCGAUGUCAUGAAGGUCACUGCUAGCUCUCAGUGUGCAUGCAACUGAGUGCUGACAUCUGUUGGCACGCUACAGAACUAGUCCAGGAUCUUUUUCAUACUACCUUAUAUGAGUUAUCUCCCCUGUAGCUUGAACUUAUUAUUGUAUACAGUGCUCAGGUGCUGCACUACAACUCCUCAGGAAAAGUAACCAAAACUGCACGAACAAUAAAUAUAGAACAAUGCACAGGAAGGGAACGGUGAAUCAGUCUACAAACAAAAUCUGAUGGUUUGGGGCUUCAGGUGUACGGUUGGCGAAUUUCAGAAAGCAUGGAAGUUUUGAAGGAUAUACUCUCUUUUAUUUGUUUCAGCCAUUUGACUGCGGCCAUGCUGGAGCACCGCCUUUAGUCGAGCAAAUCGACUCCGGGACUUAUUCUGUGUAAGCCUAGUACUUAUUCUAUCGGUCUCUUUUGCUGAACCGCCAUGUGACGGGGACAUAAGCACACCAGCAUCGGUUGUCAAGCAAUGCUAGGGGGACAAACACAAACACACAUAUACAUACAUAUAUACGACAGGCUUCUUUCAGUUUCCAUCUACAAAAUCCACUCACAAGGCUUUGGUCGGCCCGAAUCUAUAGUAGAAGAUACUUGCCCAAGGUGCCACGCAGUGGGACUGAACCCUGAGGUUGGUAAGCAAGCUACUUACCACACAGCCACUCCUGUGAUGAAUAAAUAUAAUACAACAAAAACUACUCAAGUUGAAAAAAAAUUUUUUUUAACUUUUGCUGUUAUUUGUUUAUUAGUUUUCUCUUUGUU